UUCGAGUGACUGACGUCUUCCUAUUUGAAUAAUGGAAUAUAGAAAUUUAUCAAGCUCCCAUAAAAAAUUAGAUAAUUUGUCUUUAUCUAAUUUUCCUUCAAACUUUUCUUUAGAAAAAUUGUUACCUGGUUAUUCAAUUGAUGAUUUGGAAUAUCCUCCAACACCUCCAGAGUAUGACUAUAAUGAUCAGAAAAUAUCGAUAACAGAGCGAAGGCAUCAUAAUUCUGAUUUUCAACUUGAUUAUUUAAAUAGUCAAAAAUUAACUCAUUUAAAAACCGUAAAUUAUAGAACUCCUGAAGACUUUUCUAAUCAAUUGUUAAAAAAAUUUCAAAACAAUAAAUACAUAUCACCAUUAACAAAUAACAAUGUACAGAAAAAUUCAGUUGAUGAAUUGAAUGUUGAAUUUAAUAAUGUAAAAAAUGAAAACUAUGAGAUUCUAAAAGAAGGAAAGGAUAAAAAUUAUAUAUAUCUUUUUAUAACUUAUUCACUUGAUUCUGAGGAUCAUUACAGAAAUGUUAUAAAUUUGAAAAAAUGUUUAGAAAAUUAUGGCAAAUUCAAAGUUUAUAUGGAUGCUUAUGAACAGACAUCAAUGGCAAAAGAUAUUUAUGGCUGGAUGAAUUUUUGCUUUAAAAAUGCUGAUUUUAUUUUACCAAUAAUAUCCCCUCUUUACAAAAUGACCACUGAAUCUAUUGACUCCUUGCAAAAUGUUUUGAUCAAUGAACAUAUCAAGCAAACAAGGUACAUAUUCGGGCUCAUGCAGAGAGAAAUUUACGAAAAUAAUUUUAGGAACAAUAGGAUUAGACCUCUUAUUUUAUCUGACCACAAUGGCGGUGUCGCCAAACAACACGUUCCACACAUUCUAUCAAACACUUUGGUUUACCAAUGGCCCAGGGAUGAUAAGGAUUACGUUCGCUUAUUGAUCAAAACUUUUGAACAAACGUCGUUAACUCGAUAACUACUAUCAAAGAAAAAAUAAACAAAUUACUUUUUAAUAUGAUAACCCACUUUUUUACUAUUUAUAUUAUAAAUCAAAAACUAAAUUUAUACAAAAAUAAUUAUUUAAAAUUUUUUGUAAUAUAUAAAAAUCAUUUUAUAUUUAUUGUAUUUUUUGAUGAUUUAUUUAUGACCAUCAUGAAUAUUUUUUUGAUAAAUCUAU